GAGGAAGCAAGAGGAGGAGCGUGCGGCUGUUCUGGCGGAGCGUGAGGCGUAUCUCCAAGCGGCUAGGGCGAAGCAGGGGGCGCUCCGAUCGCGGCUGAAGGAGCUGGAGCCCCGCCACCAGGACCCGCGAGCAGCCCCCCACCCCCGUCGCCGUGUUAUCGUCCCCCCCCCCACGCAAUCCCAGGUGCACCUUGGUUCCCAUCGUACCGCCUCGCCGCACGAGAAGGAGCGGGAGGUGGCGGCUUCUCCGACGAACGAGAAGGAGCGGGAGAGGACAGCGACUCCGGAGUUUUCGGUGACUUUGGGUCUUCCGGUCGGUGCUGAAGACGGAGCAUCGUUUGCGGCGGCAACCACGGUGUACUACAGCGUUCCUGUCCCGCCCGCUGGAGAUGCCUGCAGAAGUUGUAACGUUCUACAAUGGGGACAAAUUGGCAGCUCUUAUUGCAUGGGCUGGCAUCAACCAACUUGUCCGUGCACAAUUCCCCCCACCGCACACCGUUGCUUUCGGGCACAUCUACCACACCCCAUACCUCGCGAAACUUCCGCCUUCUUCGCGGCAGUCCGUGUUCCAGCUAUUCUUCGCUCUCCGUCGUGCCACCUUUCAUAAAGGUCCUCAAGGAACAUCGGUGGUGACACAUGAUCGAGGACUCCAGCUGCCUCUUGCUCGUGCUGCCUGGAACAACGACUUCAAGCACGAUCUACAAGCCCCCCGGCAGGCCUCUUCACGCACUGCGCAUGGUUCUGGAGAGGACAAGGACAACAGUUGGUCAGCGGCUCCUGUGUUCAAGACCUGGAAGAACCGUUGGGGCGACCGGGAUUCGACCGCCAAGAGCGGGACGGACGACCACCGCCGCUCCACCCAGUCUUCGCGAGGGCGCGGCGUCGGAGAUGACAGGCGAGGGCGAGCCUUGGGGAACCAGCCUACCAGGUCUUCGCCGGCGAGUCGCCAUCGCCGGAGCAGGAGUCGGAGGGCAGAACGUCAACAGCGCACCAAUCCUUUGUCUAGGCGUGGGCGCAGCCGGAGCGGAGACCAUCGUGGGAAAAACACGCCUCCGUCUAGGCGUAGCCGCAGCCGGAGCCAGAACCAGAGCGGGGCAACAGCAGGGCGACCAGCACUGACAGCAGUCGCGGCGGAAAAGUGGGACGGAGGUCAGGCCACGGUAACAGGCGAGUAGAAAACCAUCUGCGCAAGGAACCGGCAGGGCCCUCGACGUACGCCUUCUUCAUCCAGA